AUAAAAAGUCCAUAAACUUAUGUGUAUAUAUAAUAUCUGAGCAAAAAUCAAUCCUGACAUGUCACCUAGUUUUGCCUUCCAGUUUACGCUGUGUGCACUUAUUAUUCUCCAAGUGCACGGUGAUGUGACAACUGUAAAUGGGAUCCUGGAUGGUUUUGUUACAUUUCACCUCGAUUAUCCUGACUUCGAACGCACCGCUCAGAUCAUCUGGAAGAAGGGGAAUACUUUGUUAUAUAACAGGACAUAUCAUAUGACUAGGUUUACUGUCUUUUCUAAUGGAACCUCAGCACUUAAGAAUACAAAGAAAGAGGAUGAAGGACAAUACACAGUGAGCGUGUAUAACAUAACUGGAAAUCUUGUCUACCAAAGAAUCUUUCAACUACAUGUACAUGAGCCAACCCAAAUCCCAGCUGUUAAUGUCUCCAGCCACAUUGAUGGGGGAAGAGAAUUACUUUGUGAGAGCGCUAACCGUUCCCGUGUCUGCUUUCAUUGGAUGCUGAAUGGACAGCUUGUGGGUCUGAUUGAGAUUGAGGAUGAUGGCAAGAAGAUUAUUUUGGAGAAAGGGCUGCCUGGAAAGCUUGUCUGUCAAAUUCACCAUGAAAACAACAUUGGUGAGAGUUCCCUCAUAAAACUGGAGUGUAAGGAAGGAGACCUGCUGAAGCAACCUUUGUUCCUUUACACCCUGGCAGCAUGUGGAGGGGGUGCAAUUGUCCUGGCUGUUAUAGCGUCACUGAUAACAUUCUGCUGCCUGAAAAGCAAACAGCAGUUCAUUCCGGUGCCUUCAGAGGAGGAAAAGGAAGAGGGACUGACGAUGUCGGUCAUCUCCAAUGAAGAAACAAAGAGCCCUCCAAAUGGAGACCACCAUGAGGCGCUAUCUGCCCCAGAUGACAGCCCUCCAAACCCUGAAAGCACAGAGACCUGUCAAGGCCUUGAGGCAGAGCCCAAGAUGGAGGCAGAGUCUGAGGUGACACCGGAUCCAGAGGUGGUUGUUGACAUCAACAACGAGGAGUGUGUGUGCGAUUCUUUCCCUGAUCCUAUUGAUCCCUGACCAGACACGCUCACUGUACCGUCCUGGGGUCUGGGGGGGCAUACCCCUGUAUUCCAUAGUCUCAUUCCAUGUAAGAACUUGUCUGCAAAAUAACUGCAUUAGAGGGGGAAAGUCCACAUGCGCACAGAUUACAGGCCUGCAAACCUUAUUAAAAACCAUGCUUGGGCGCUAUCAUUAGCAAUGGGCAAACAGGUUCAAAUAUUAAUCAGACUCCCCCAACUCCAUGAACAUUUGCCUAUUUAUAAGACUGCACAUGAGCUAUGAAGCUGUUUAGCAUGCUCUGAAAUGAGCUGGGUAAGGUAACUCUCCCCCACCCCAUUAUUUUUCAUGUCUUUGCCCCUCUGAGAUUCCUGGCUAGGCACCAGGAUGGACACAACAUUUAAUCUGAGACCAAAGCCAGGAUUUGUCAGAAAUUUCCUGGGAAAGCCUAUACUCAUGAGAUUUCCAGCCACAUUUUGCAGACCUGAGGUCAGGGGAAGGCUGAGGUAAGCGUUCUUUGUGAUGGGUGCUUAUCUGAACCACACCUCCAAACUCUUUGCAUAUCACCCAUAACUAGUUAGUAUGUGAUGCUGGGAGAUGUGAACCAGCUGUGAUGGCUGGACCUAUUGGAAGAGGAUGACUUUGGGUCUCUCAGUAUGUUUGUUGCUCAGUAAUGACCAACAGGGGGUUAUGUGUUUUCCUUUCACUGAUGCUGAUUGCAUAGUGAGAUGAGUGAUUUGCAGCUGGUGUGCCACUGGGCUGCUUGCCUUUAUCAUAAGGGUUUUCAUGGUAUCCACCUGUGAUUCUGAAAAGGUGUCUAGUGUAAAGCUGGGGUUGUUGAGUGGUGUAGUCCUUAAGGCACUACUGCCUGAAAUGUAAUGGUCUGGCUACUGCAGGCUGAUUAAGCUGGUCCUCGGUGUGUGCUUGGGCUUUUUCUCCUCUGUGUUAUCUGCACAGACAGCUGUAGUUUAGAGAAUUCCUUAAGUGGGCUUGUCCUGGAGCCUACUCAAUAUUAUACCCAUUGACUUUGCUUAGAAGAGACUUGGGAAUGGAGUAGUGGGGUUCUGAUGGAGACUUGUGAGCAGAGUUAUAUAGGGGAAUCCAGGUAGCAGGGGACCCUGCAGGCCAGGAGAAAGGAGCACUGGCAAAACUGCAGGUGAGUCUAUCCUGGGGAACUGCUGGUUUGGGCUGGGCUGGGCUGAGCUGAGCUGUGUUUGCCGUAUGGGGGAUGAGGGCUAGAGGAGGUUCAAGAAAUCAAGCUUCCCUUAGUUUGAGAGAGCUGUGGAGGCAAGGGUCAGUUUAAAGUCAAAGCAGGUGAUGCAGUUCAGGGCUGAGUUGCAUUGGCAAAGCUGUGGUGGCCGAGAACAUUGCAUUUUCUCUUGUGAAUGCUGUUAUGUCCUCCAUUUUGUCACCAUUCACACACCCUUCCCUGCCCCCCCAAAUCCUAUGGAAACAGAACUGAGUGGUGGUUUGUACAUGCUCUCUGAUGCGGGCUGCAAGCACCUAGGGAAUGUUUCCUUACUUGUCUCCUGGCCUGGGAGCUGGAGAGAGCGGCAUACAAUACCUGAAGGAUCACUUUGCACAUUUGGAUGGCAAAGCUCUGUAUUGGUGAUGCCAGAGGGUAGUUUGUUCUGUUUUCUCUGAUUUUAGGACUCCAUUUAUAAGAUCUUGCAGGUCUAGUAGCAGGGAGGGGGAGGUUCUUAGAUGUCCUGUGCCACAGGUGACUGUUCAGCCUAUCUCAGCUGCUAGGAAACACCCCAUCCGUUAGGCACAGAUUUUCAUGAUGUGAAGGGGCUGGCCCUUUGGCUUUUCUCAAGGCAUUUAGCCAUCCCCUCUCAGUUGGAAUGUUGCUCAGAGCCCACUACAUGAAUGUGGCGAUAUGUGGGAGAGUUAUAUCCCAUCCCUCCAGGGAACAUCCAGGUGGAAAUGUGGGGAUACCAAUUGAUGGUGUGCUGUGGGGGAGCUGGAGAGGGGCGGGAGAGUUCAGUAGGGCCAAAGAAGUGCUGGGUGCAGUCAGCUCUGGGUUUUCCGACCUGUCUGCUGCACGUUGUAGCUGAUAAAGUUAGAGGCAAACAGGGUGACAUUAACCUUAGGAUGGUGCUUCAACCCAGGGCUCAGUGAUUCUCCUCUUCUGAGAUGUUUCCGCUACUGACCACAUAGUCUCAGUUGAGGUCUGGAGCUGGAUUGAGCUUCCCUGUAUCCAGGAAAUAUAGGGGAAUGAGGCUUCUGUUGCGGGAACUGGUAACUUAAGGUGCAGGAUCUCCAUAGGAGUCCUCUUUCCCUCCCCCUCCUUCCCUGCAGGCAGACACCUACCCCCAGAUUCUACCAUGAGACAGUCUGGUGAGAAUGUGCAUGAGUAGGGUUCACCCCUUGAAUGUGGUGCUGGUCAUUGGUGCUGUCGGUUGUGGAGUCCUGUCCUAGCUUAUGUGUUGGGAGGUGGGAGAAGGUCCAGGGAAAGCUAAGAUGGUAGCCAGCUUUGGAUGCUCUGCAGGCAGACAGAACACUCCAUUUCUCUUUGCUCCCUCCCUGCAGCUGUACAGCAAUGGUUAAAGAUUUUUAUUACUGCGAUAUAAGGCCAAGAGGUGAAUCUCUCAGCUUUUGCUUUUCCUUUUUGUUUUUAAUUGCACAUGCUUAUGCUCAGUUGCAGAUUUGUUUUGAUGAUUCUGUUCCUAAUAAAGAGAUUAAACUUUCCACAAGAGGUUAUAAAAUAAAGUUCUGUUCUUUGGCAAA